UACCGACGUCGAAACAUUUUGAUUUCAGCCCCUGCAAUUAGGGUUUCUUUAGGGUUUACAGAAAUCCCCUUUUUGCUCACAACAAUACUUCGAAAUUCAUUUUAGUUUCCACAAAUUUACAGACCACAAAUGGUUUGUUCUAACGGCAUUAAACUCAUCUCAUGGCUUGCUCGCCGCUCCCUCUCUCACGACCCCUCGCUGGUUAGAGGAGGUUAUAGGAAGUUUGGCUCAUCAAUUCACAGUCAUUACAAGAUACCUAACUGUCAGAAUCACAGAAAUGUAGUCAAUCCGAGCUCCUGGUCACACCUUGGAACAAGUAGUGCAUAUAAUGGCAAACCUAGAUCGAUUCAUGGCACUUCAUUCAUGGCAUCAAAAGAUUAUUACGAUACGCUUGGAGUCAGUAAGAAUGCAACUGGAUCUGAAAUCAAGAAAGCCUAUUAUGGGCUAGCCAAGAAGUGGCAUCCAGAUGCAAAUAAAGAUGACCCAGAAGCGGAAACAAGAUUUCAGGAAAUUUCAAAGGCAUAUGAGGUUCUGAAAGAUGAGGAGAAACGAGCACAGUAUGACCAGCUUGGCCAUGAAACUUUUGAAGCAAGUGCUAAUGGUGGAGCUGGUCCAGAUGCUGGUCAUUGGCGCAAUCCAUUUCAGGACCUUGGCGAUAUAUUUGGUUUUGGCCCUUUUGGUCGGAACUUCACUGGCAAGGAUGUUAAGGUAUCCCUUGAACUUUCUUUUAUGGAAGCUGUCCAAGGAUGUACCAAAAAUGUAGUCUUCCAGACCGAGUUGCCUUGCGAAGCUUGUGGUGGAAGUGGCGUUCCUCCUGGAACAAAGCCUGAAACCUGUAGGCGUUGUAAAGGAGCAGGCAUGACAAUCAGUCAAACUGGUCCAUUUAGAAUCCAGGUCACUUGCACACAAUGUGGUGGAAGUGGUAAAUAUGUCAAGAGCUUAUGCAAGUCAUGCAAUGGCCAGAGGGUGGUGAGAGGACCAAAGUCCGUGAAAUUAAACAUAAUGCCAGGAGUGGAUACAAAUGAAGAACUAAGGAUGUCCAGAAGUGGUGGAGCAGAUCCAGACGGCAACCAGCCUGGUGAUCUUUAUGUUGUCAUCAAGGUGCGAGAAGAUCCUAUUUUUCGACGAGAAGGACCAAACAUUCAUGUUGAUGCUGUCCUGAAUAUCACUCAGGCAAUUUUGGGAGGGACUAUUCAGGUCCCAACAUUAACGGGGGAUGUUGUUCUUAAGGUUCGUGCAGGAACCCAACCUGGUCAAAAAGUAGUUUUAAAGGGAAAAGGAAUUAAAACUAGAAGUUCUUACUCAUACGGAGAUCAGUAUGUACACUUCAACGUCAGCAUCCCGACGAACUUAACUGAAAGACAGCGUGAACUGAUCGAGGAGUUCGCAAAAGAAGAGCAAGGUGAAUACGAGAAAGGUGCAGCAGCUGGAGCAUCUAAUUAGUGAUGCACACGUGAAUUAGCAAAAUCAGGUAGAACAAAAGGGAGAUAUCUUCAGUUAUGUGCCUCUCGUCUUUAAUAGAUAGAAAGUCCCUUCCUGGAGCCUCCAAAGUUUUGAUGGGAAAGUGUGUUAUUUGAGCAUAUUUAUCUUACCGACGUUUAAGGUAUGUAAUGCAUGCCAAAAGGACAUACAUCAUUUUAUGGUCGAAACUCUACUCUGCCAUCCUUUUGUUCUUAAACAUUGUUGUAUAUAUGAUAUAUAUAUUCUUGCCGGUUAUAAGCUAAUAAUCUUUUAGC